AUAUAGGAAAAAAGUAGUGUUACUGAAUGGGGCGAGUCAAACACCCCCUCAAUUUGUAGAGUAGAAUAAUCUACAUCUAUCUGGCCAUCUGGAUUCCAGCCUUGCCAAUCAUACAUAUAUCUCACUCUGUAAGUAAACCCUUCAAUUCCGUCAUGAACUCCGGCCAGUUCGCCGUCACACUCAUCACCAUCCUCACACUGUCAACAACCUCUUCAUCCCAUCGACUAAUCCGUUUAAACCCACAACCAAGCUUCCUUAAAAACGACAUAGACACACACACAUUCUGUGAGAGCUGGAAGUUUUCAGUAGAAACAAACGAUGCAGGAACAUGGAGUGUUGUUCCAGAGAGAUGUGUCGGGUUUGUUAAGGAAUACAUGAAUGGAGAUCGGUACCGGUCGGAUUCAGAAGUGAUUGCUGACUACGCAUUGGAGUAUGCUAAAAAAGUGGAAAUUGGUAGUGAUGGGAAGGAUGUUUGGGUGUUUGAUAUCGAUGAGACUUUGCUGUCUAAUUUGCCUUAUUAUGUUCUUCAUGGUUAUGGAUCAGAGGUCUUUGAUGAGAAGUCUUUCGACGAGUGGGUAGACUUGGCUGAGGCGCCUGCCUUACCAGCAAGUUUCAGGCUGUACAAUGAACUUCAACAGUUGGGUUUCAAGAUUUUCUUGCUGACAGGCCGAAGUGAAUUUCAAAGAAAAUGCACUGACAAGAAUCUCGAGUAUGCUGGAUUCACCAACUACGAAAAGCUUAUCUUAAGGGGAGACUUGGAUUUAGGUAAAUCAGCUACUUCGUACAAAUCCGAGAAGAGACAGGAACUCAAAGACGAAGGGUACAGAAUACACGGGAGCUCUGGAGACCAAUGGAGUGAUUUGUUGGGUUUUGCAACUGGAACAAGAUCCUUUAAACUUCCAAAUCCACUGUAUUACAUCCCUUGAUUUAGUAACACAAUAACAUUGCCAAGUUAUAAGCCACUUUUAGUUCUGUCAUUGAUUGCUUCUGGUUUGCAAGCUAUUAUGCUUGUAUGCCUUCAAAUUUGUGUAAACAUUGCUACAUUGUGCAAGUGUUACUUUACUUCCAUUCUAAUAGUUAUUUGUUUGACUCUUCUUUUUA